AUGGCUAUCAGAACAGGGGCACAGAUUAUCGCGCGCAGUCUGCGCGAUCUAGGGGUCACUGUGAUUUUCGGCAUCGUCGGCAUCCCCGUCGUCGAAAUCGCAGAAGAGGCCAUCAACCUAGGGAUCCGAUUCGUGGCAUUCCGGAACGAGCAAGCCUGCAGCUAUGCAGCCAGCGUCUAUGGAUAUAUGACAGGGCAGCCUGGAGUUUGUCUUGUCGUUGGGGGCCCUGGAGUUCUCCAUGCGUUGGCCGGAAUUGGAAAUUCCUCCGCGAACAACUUCCCUCUUCUCGUGCUUGCUGGAUCAGCCGAGACCAGUGCUGUCACGAAGGGCGCCUUUCAGGAGCUGGACGCCAUUUCCCUCUUAACCCCUCACACGAAGUUCGCCGCGCGCGCCUCAUCACUCGACUUCAUCCCGGAUGCUAUUAAGAAUGCCUACCGGACGUGCUGGUAUGGUCGGCCAGGCCCUACAUUUAUAGAUCUACCGGCCGAUAUCAUCCAAGGGAAACUGACUUCGCAGUUUGAACUACCGAAACCUGAGAACCUGCUCGUAUCGGCACCACCCAAGGCAAGCGGUGAUCCAGCAUUGAUAUUGAAGGCUACUCAAUUGCUGAAGGCUGCUAGCGCUCCGCUCAUCAUUGUCGGUAAGGGUGCCGCAUAUGCGCGCGCAGAGCUCGGAAUUCGGAAAUUAGUCGACCAGACACAGGUUCCGUUCUUGCCUACACCCAUGGGUAAGGGUGUAGUUCCGGACUCACACCCCCUGAACGCAUCCAGCGCGCGAAGUGCCGCAUUGAAACAUGCGGAUGUCGUUCUCGUUCUGGGAGCGCGGCUUAACUGGAUCCUGCAUUUUGGUGAGCCGCCGAAAUGGUCUCCUAAAGUGAAGAUAAUCCAGGUCGACAUCUGCGCGGAGGAGAUCGGGCGGAACGCUGGGACAUCAGAGCUUGGGAUCCUAGGAGAUAUAAGUCUAGUUGUGGAUCAAUUCAGGGCAUCUCUUUCUAGCUGGAAAUACUCGUCCUCAGCGAAGUUCCCAUUGCUUCUCGCCGAAUCAGCCAAGAAGAAUGAAGACAAGGCUCAAAAGGCUGCCCUUAGACAAACGCCCGCCGGCAAGCCACUUACCUAUCAACGAGCCUACCACAUCAUCAAAACAGCACUUAAUGCCUUGACACCCGUCGAGGAUGGAAAUAUUGUUUACGUCUCUGAAGGUGCCAACACGAUGGACAUCUCCCGCUCCAUCUUCCCGCUCUACCACCCCCGCCAGCGUCUCGAUGCAGGCACGUACGCCACAAUGGGCGUGGGAAUGGGUUAUAUUGUCGCCGCGCACGAAGCAUUCAAUGCUAACCCCGGAGCAAGCACAUCCCGCCCCAAGAAAAUUGUCGCCUUCGAAGGCGACAGUGCGUUCGGCUUCAGCGCGAUGGAAAUCGAAACGCUCGCCCGGUACCGUAUCCCAGCACUGAUCUUCGUCAUUAAUAAUUCGGGCAUCUACCACGGUGACAGUAUCUCGAAGGAGGACUGGAAGACACUUCAGAAUCAAACCGUGGCCAACGACACCAAAACAUCCGAGUCUGACUCUGGAACUAAUGCUAAAACUAAGGGUCUGCGCUCGACUAGUCUGCUCUAUGAGACGAGGUAUGAGAUGCUUGCUACAAUGUGUGGUGGGAAGGGGUAUUUCGUAAAGAGCGAGGAAGAGCUGGAGAGAGCCACGAAAGAGGGCUUCGUGAGUGAUACCGUUACAAUAGUGAAUGUCAUUGUUGAGCCCGGGAUUGGGAAGGAGAUUGGUUUUGCGUGGCAGAAUCAGGGCAAAGAAAGCAAGCCAAAGCUGUAA